CACACACACACACACACACACACACACACACACACACACACACCCCUCGCUGAUCCCACCUCGUUGUGUAACAGUGACAGUUAUGUGGAAACCCGUCGACCAAUUAGCCGACACCGCUCUCUUACUUUUCACACACAGACCCCAGGAACAGGAAGUACUGUGCCACCGCCGUCCAACCAAACGUCUCGGUUGACCUUCUCCAAACUAAAGAUGUUGAUGAAUACACUUUGAUUUAUGAAUAUAUCUUUAUUUUUAUUCUCAUAAAAGAUGGAUAAACGGACGGACGGUAAAGAUAAGAGAGUAGAAAAGGAAAGCAUUCGGUCCUUGGAGCUCUGCUUUGAAUGGAAGUUUGGGGAGCGUCCUCAGCCACAGCGCCUUACACGAGAAGCGAUGAGGAACUACCUGAAGGAGCGGGGAGACCAGACCGUCCUCAUCCUCCACGCCAAGGUGGCCCAGAAGUCCUACGGCAACGAGAAGAGGUUCUUCUGCCCCCCCCCCUGUGUGUACCUGAUGGGCAGCGGCUGGAAGAAGAAGAAGGAGCAGAUGGAGCAGGACGGCUGCACCGAGCAGGAGUCCCAGCCCUGUGCCUUCAUCGGCAUCGGGAACAGCGAGCAGGAGAUGCAGCAGCUCAACCUGGAGGGCAAGAACUUCUGCACGGCCAAGACGCUGUACAUCUCGGACUCGGACAAGAGGAAGCACUUCAUGCUGUCGGUGAAGAUGUUCUACGGGAACAGCGCCGACAUCGGAGUCUUCCUCAGCAAGAGGAUCAAGGUCAUCUCCAAGCCCUCCAAGAAGAAGCAGUCGCUGAAGAACGCCGACCUGUGUAUUGCGUCGGGGACCAAGGUGGCGCUGUUCAACCGGUUGCGGUCCCAGACGGUCAGCACGCGCUACCUCCACGUGGAGGGGGGCAACUUCCACGCCAGCUCCCAGCAGUGGGGGGCCUUCUUCAUCCACCUGCUGGACGACGAGGAGUCAGAAGGGGAGGAGUUCACGGUGAGGGACGGCUACAUUCACUACGGUCAGACGGUCAAACUGGUCUGCUCCGUCACUGGCAUGGCCCUGCCGCGGCUGAUCAUCCGUAAGGUGGACAAACAGACAGCCCUGCUGGACGCUGAUGACCCUGUCUCCCAGCUCCACAAGUGUGCGUUCUACCUGAAGGACACGGAGCGCAUGUACCUGUGUCUGUCCCAGGAGAGGAUCAUCCAGUUCCAGGCCACGCCCUGCCCCAAGGAGCCCAGUAAGGAGAUGAUCAACGACGGGGCGUCCUGGACGAUCAUCAGCACGGACAAGGCGGAGUACACCUUCUACGAGGGCAUGGGCCCCGUGCACGGGCCCCUGACGCCCACGCCCGUGGUGGAGAGCCUGCAGCUGAACGGGGGCGGAGACGUGGCCAUGCUUGAACUGACGGGGCAGAACUUCACCACCAACCUGAGGGUGUGGUUCGGAGAGGUGGAGGCGGAGACCAUGUACAGGUGUGGCGAGAGCAUGCUGUGCGUGGUGCCGGACAUCUCUGCGUUCCGCGAGGGCUGGCGCUGGGUGCGGCAGCCGGUGCAGGUCCCCGUGACGCUGGUGAGGAACGACGGCAUCAUCUACUCCACCACGCUGACCUUCACCUACACGCCGGAGCCCGGCCCGCGGCCGCACUGCACCGCGGCCGGCGCCAUCCUCCGGGCCGGCGGCGCCAGCCUGCUCAACGCCAACAACAACAACAACAACGGUGGCGGCGGCGGCGGCGGCGGCCAGGAGGUCAGCGUGUACGGCGGCAAUGCCGGGGUCACGACCUCAGCCACGGCCGCCGCGGCGCUGGUCUCUUAACAGCACGACGGGAGAUUGCCGGCAGUGGAGGAGAACGCCGGGAUUUUGCCGGAAAAUGCUGGGAUAUUACCGGUAAAAUGCCGGGAUAUUACCGGUAAAAGACCGGGAUAUUACCGGUAAAAUGCCGGGAUAUUAUCGGUAAAGUGCCGGGAUAUUACUGGUAAAAUGCCGGGAUAUUACCGGCAGAGCCGGGGUCGUCCAGGACUCACGGGGAACAUUACAAACACAGAAAAUACGUGAACUCUCUCCACAGUGCUGCAUAUUUGAAUCGUUUUUUAGGUUCCUUCGCUUUCGUUUGGGAUUUGAAAAAAAGAAGAGAGAAAUAAAGCGAGGGAACAGAACAAAGAAGACAAACCUAGAGACGUGAAUAAUCGAGGAUUUGUUUUUAUUUUUUAUUUCCUUUUCGUACUUUUUUAUUCAAAGAAGCUGCAACAUUGCAGAUACGUCGUGGACCGAUUGUAACUAAAGAUACGUGUUGCCCAAUCUGGUCGUCGGCCACCCCCGCCCCCCCUUUCAAUGGUCUCUCCCGCCAGGCUUCCGGAAUUCCACUUCCUGAUUGUGAAUGAGAAGGCUCCGCCCCUGACUCCACCCCCAGCUCUCUGCACCUUCGACUAGCCUAGCCUGCCUACUAGCCUAGCCUGCCAGCAUCCAACCAGAACCACAACACGUCCACCCUGUACAGAGCCCUUCACUGUGUGCUCCCCGUCUCCCCCAUCUCCCCCUCUCGGUCUGGGUGUCUUGUGGCUGCAGGGGUGAGGAGGCAGCGGCCAUUGUGUGAAACCGGCACAACCCUUUGUUCGGCUGGCCCCUCGUUUUUACGGACCAAUAAUCUUGUAUAAGCUUUAGUGAAAAGGUACAUUUUCCCUAUACCUUUAUUUUAUUUUUUAUUUUUUAUUACAACCUAUAGUACAUUUUUGUUACCAAAUAGUUUCUACUCCUCCUGUGAGGCGGUCCUUCUGUUGGUUUUGGUUCCUGUGUUUCCUUUGCGGUCCAAACCUUUUGAUAUGAUUAUUUUGUACUGUGGAGGCGGUGUCGUCUCUCUCCUGGUCGCCUGCCUUGUGUUCUGAGGACGACCGCGUCAGCAGAACCCGGUGCUUCAGGGCGAACGGCCGCCGGGGCCCGGGACUCUGCCGUGGGUUCUUUAGGGAUCUACUUCUGAGGGCCUGUUUUUUGUAAUCCUUUUUUUUUUUUUUUUUUAAAGAAGAGAAAAAAAAGCUUUAAGCGACGCCUUCGCCUUGCCUGUGUUCGUAACGAACGAGAAACACGGAAAAAAUACCCGCCUGGAUGUCUCUCACCUGGUUGCCAUGGGAACGCUUCCGGAAAUCCAUAGAUCCAUAGAAAAAAAAAAAAAGAAUACCUUCCAACUGUUACACGAGAAAAAAACGACUGCUCAGCUGCUGACCGGCGGCUGGGCGGUCUUAGCUGAGAGGCUAGCCUUAGCACUGUCGUAUCGCUGCGCGCCUUCUCCCGCCAACCGCAUAUCAGACGCCGGUGUGACUGCACACGGCGGACAUCUUUAUCGGUGGUCGUCCUUCUCGCCGCCCCCCCGCCCCGUUCUUACGCCGCCGUAGACCCCGCCAGCGGUCCUCUGUUAUUCUUUCUAUAACUCCUCCUCCUCUCUUAUCAGUAAAAAGCGCAACCCAGCCCUUUGAAAAGAACCCAACACUUCCGAUGUGACGUGGCCUUACUAAAAUAUCAAAGAUGAUCUCCUUGGGGGGGUCUGUUGAGACGCCCCCCUCCCCCCCCGUCCCCCCCCCCGUCCUCGGGUGGCGUCCCGCGGCGAGCGCCACCUGCUGUGAAUCGUCCUCCAAUUUGUGUGACUGCUCGAACAUACAGAACAACACAAGAUGGCCGAUAGUGAAACUGCCUUCUGAGGCGGCUGGCCUCCACUCAGCCUCCCGCGCUGGUUGGUUGGUUGUUGUCGUGUUGUCAUUGUUGUCAUUGUUGUUGUUGUUUUGCUACUAUGGUGACCGAUGACCUUCCAUUUAUUCUCGUGGUACAAACUUCGGAGCGCUAUGACCUUUGGUUCUUCCCACCUUUUCUUGGAAAAAGAGGUUUUGAAUUAGCAGAAACCUGUGAGUGUGUGUGUGUGUGUGUGUGUGUGUGCGCUCACGAUUAGAAAGCAGCCACACUUGUCUUUGAGUCUCGUGAUGUUAGGUUUCCCGAGGUAGAACCGAAAACUAAAAAAAGGCCUUCUUUAUGUGUUCACGUCCGACGAUGAGACUCCAAACAUUCAGCAAUACUGCUCUCCUCUCGAUCGCAUAAUGUCUGCCUGACCACUAGCUCACCAGCCAGCUGUGUGUGUGUGUGUGUGUGUGUGUGUGUGUGUGUGUGUGUGUGUGUGUGUGUGUGUGUGUGUGUGUGUGUGUGUGUGUGUGUGUGUGUGUGUGUGUGUGUGUGUGUGUGUGUGUGUGUUCUAAGCAGGGCCAAGGCUGAAAC